UAUUUAUUUCAUAUUUACUUACCUAUGAUUGUACCUAUCAUUGAUUUUGUUGUAUCUUAAAUUAUUCGCACUUAUCGCGCAAUAAAAAAUAAAUUAAUACAUUCUUUUAUAAUGACGGAGACAAAAGAGAAUAUUUUUCUUUUCGUACCUAAUAUAAUUGGAUUCGCCCGAGUCAUCUUGGCAAUAAUAUCAUUUUACUUUAUGCCAACGAACUGUGUAUUGGCCUGUACAUGCUACAUAACAUCUGCUUUAUUGGAUGCCUUUGAUGGUCAUGCUGCAAGAUAUUUUAAUCAAAGUACAAAAUUCGGCGCGAUGUUGGAUCAGCUGACCGACCGCGCUGGUACCGCUUGCCUCAUGAUGACGCUGGCCUCGUUCUAUCCCCAGUACACAUUCUGGUUCCAACUGUCACUUUCUAUUGACAUAACUUGCCACUGGUUGUACUUGCAUACUAGUACACUUCAAGGAAAAACUUCCCACAAGUUCAUAGAUAUGUCAGAGAACCCUGUAAUGCAUGUAUACUACACCAACAAGACAGUAUUAUUCUGUAUGUGCGCGGGCAACGAGGCGUUCUAUGCAGCUCUCUAUGUUAUGUACUUCUACACAGGACCCACAGUUUUGGGUAUCGGUUUAUGGAAACUGAUAGCUCUCGUCUCGAUGCCUGUGGCUAUAGUCAAGGCCGGUAUAUCAGUGCUGCAUGGAAUCGUCGCUUCCCUUAACUUGGCAACCAUUGACGUCAACGAACGAGCUGCACUUGCUGAGAAACAAAAGAAUUAAAUUUGUUUGAGGUUUCAUGGAUAUCUCUAGAACCUACAAUUAUAAUUUUAAGGAUAGUAUCUCCAAAGGCUUGCACAGACGUGACGGUCCGCGAGGAAUAAAAAUUGCCCAUUUUAUUAGUUGCGGAUUUGAGUUAUCGAUAUAUUAGAUGAUUCAACCAAUAACUAAUUAAGCUUUGCUAAAUUAGCUUUAAAGGUUCAGAAGUAAAAUAUUAUAAAUAUUUAAAAAUUAAAUAUCAACAAUAGUUUCUAGUUACAUUAUUCAAUAUGGUUGCUUCAUACAAACUGAAAGAUAGAACUGAACUCUGUAAUAUCUCCGUAUGCAGUUCUUUUUUUUACGCAAAGAAAUAAAAGAUGGUAUGUCUAUUGUCUGUGUAGGCGAAUCGUAUUUGUUGUACGUAUGUGUUAUCCUACUAUGUGUAUUGUGUAUAUGCGUAUGUGCACUUAGAUAAUGAAUUAUUAAAAUGAUAUUAUUGUUACAAGGCACUAUAAAGCUAAAUCCAUAACGAGCAUGAUUUUUUCAAUGGGUAACAAUGGAAUGAUGACCCCGUCUGCUCUAUCGGUAUACGCUGGCGGAGCGCCAGUGGAAAAUAAAAGCAAGUCAGUUGGCCCAUCGUGAUGAAUUCAUCAAGAAUUAACCACGAUCUAUUUCAGAGAAGGUCUACCUAAUAUGGUAUAUUACUAACAAUACAUAAAAGACUUCCUACUCACUUUUCUAACGUGAGGUUGAAUAACAUUUUCUUGUUCACUUGAUACCUAUAGAGAAAUUUAUUUUUCUAGAUGGCUCUUAGAUGACCGACUAUGAUGCUUAGCCUAACAGCAUGUUUUUGUUAUUUUGUUGGAUUUGCUCAUUCUGGACUUGCUUUUAACUUGUCAAUUUAUCAAUAAUCUAUUAGAUUAUUAUAGUUUUAUACUAUGUUUAAACUUCCUUGUUUGGUGGCCAAAUUAUUGUAAAAACUAAGAUAAAUAAGCCAAAUUUGACUUUUUUUUUAUGGGUGAUAAUGGAAUGGUAACACCCCAUCCGCGCUAUCGGUAUACACCGGUGGGGCACCAGUGAAGGAUGAUAGGUGAGGAUGAAGCAGGCCAGUUAGCCCAUCGUGACGAAUUCAACAAGAAUUGUUCACGAUGGUUUCCAGGUGGAACCACGUGGAGGUCGACCUGAUAGGGCAUAUUGCUAGCAAUGGGGCUGUCAAACUCCAUUGCUAAUAACCCCUUUCCCCCCGCCAAAUUUGACUUUACCAUGCAUUCACUGAGACAAUAUCUACAUUUGGAUUUACUUAUCUAUGUACGUAUUUUGACGCAUACAGUAAUUUUAAAUAUUUUUAAUAAAUAUUAAUGUUGUAUAUAAGAAUGUAAUAAUCGUGCUUAGGAAUUACUAAAUAAGGAUAUUUUAGUUUAAGAUAAAAAAAAAACCGGUGUCUAUAAUUGUAACAAAAUUAUUAUGGGACCAACACAAGGGUAAAACUUAUCACUUGCAAAAUAAUAUAUCAAAAUUGGUUCAGAUUUGACAUAGACAUCGCGUAAUAUAAAAAAAAAAAAAAACUAUCGAAUUUACAUUCUCGUUUUAAGUUGCUUAAUGAUACAUAUAUAUAUUUGUAAUGUAAUUGAGAUUUUUAAUCAAUAUAAUACAUGUUGGAGUCAGUCAUCUAAAGGCGAACUGGGCGCCCGAUCCAGAUGUAAACCGGAGAGGGCGCCUCUAUAGUAAAGAAAUCAAUGAAAAUAUUUUUGUUAUUUCACAUAAGUGUGGCUAUAUUUAGAUCUUAUUAUGUUUUGUAAUAUGGCUCGCAUUAAACUAAAUGCAUAAUUUGAAACGCGUAAAACACUAUCUACACUUUGCAUCUGUCGUAGACAUACAAAAAGCUGCACUAGUCUGCUAUGUUGAGUCUUUAAUACAUAAAAGUAUUGUAAUUUGAAAGUUACUUGGAUAAUUAAUAGUUUCUUAUUAUUAAAGAAAAAAAUAUCUCGAAAGAAAAAAUCACAACCAUUUGGGGUUUUUAGUAUUAUGGUGUUAUUGUAUUGUCUAGUCGUUCUUAAUUGUGUAUUUAAAGUAACAUUUAUUAAUUGUAUUAUUCAGUAUAUAAUGUAAUACGAGCUAUAAUUUCCCAUUUAUUUUAUAUUGAGCUAUUGAACAAUGUGGUUAUAUGUAAGUUGAUAUUUAAGUGUAAUCUCAUGCUAUAAAAAAGUGAACUUAUUUUCAAGAAGUAAAUAUUAAGCUUCAAUUAAAAAAAAAUGGGGAUAAGUUUUAAAGUGAGCAUUUAUUUUCCUGGUGGGGGGGGGGGGGGAUUCUGACCAGUUAAAAGAGGCGCAUAUGUACUCUUAGACAUGUCGGCGCAUAGCUGAAAGUUCAGCUCGAAUCUGUGAGUGGACAUAAUUCUGGAGAGAGCAUGGCUCACCUGCCCCCUUCUCCCCCUUAAAUACAACUAUAGUCUUUAUAGUUUUUAUAUGAGGAUAUUUAUUUAUGUUUUUAAUUUAUUAAUUGCUAUGCUAUAUUUUUUUUUAUAAAAUGCCAUAGCAAAUACAACACAAAUAUGUAGCAAAUUUUGUUAUAAACAUUCCACAUUACAGUUCAUUAAAAAUACAUUCUGUCAAAAUUAUUUAUAAGAUGAACUCUUAUAUUAUUAAACUUAGAUGUGUAUCUCUUGUGAACAAAGUAGGUUUAUUUAUUAGCGUUGGUUCCUACAUUAGGUCAUUUGAUUCUAGACAAAAUAAUAUAUACUAUUGUUAUAUUUUGUUGUGAAUAAAUUUAAGUAUCGCA